UGUACUGCAUAAGUUCCAUAUGUGUUAUAUAUGGCAAUUGAACAUGCUCCAGCUGACAUGAGUAACAUUUAUUGUUUUAUUUUUAAAUAAUUCAAAUUAGUUUUAAAUUUUUUUUAGUGACACGUAAAUAUUUUUCAAACAAUACUUUGAAGCCAAUUGUUUACAAAAUACAUAGAAAAACUAAAUGGAUCAAUUUGAAACAGUGACGCAGUAGAAGUUCACGUCGGUUGCGUUUGUUUUAUUCGAAUUGGAUCAGACCAAAUAUAUCAAUAUGUCUAUCGGCCAACAAUGAUGUCAUUGUGAAAGUUCAGAUGCAAAAAAAAAUCCUCCAAAACCGUUUCGAUUGAGUGGGCGAUCUCCGGACGAAGGCGUGUAAUAUUUUCGCAAAAAACAAAGCGUAGGAGGCAGAAGAAAGAAAUUACAUUGACCAGAUCGUUGCAGGUUUAUCCAUUCAUUUAGAAUCAGUUCGUAGUACAAUUCACUAGCAAGUAAACAAACAUGUUAUUAUUUUUGUGUUGUGCUUUGACGUUAAGCGCAGGAGCUAUUGCUGAUGAUUCGAGUAACAAUACGCUAAAACACAGUGUGGAUGAUUUUGUCGGAUCUUUGAUGCAAAUGAUUGGGUCGGUUUUGAUGACUGAUGCUAAAUAUGCACAAAAUUCACCUUAUAAUGACAUAGCAGAUAAUUCGAUUUCAUCAAAACAACGACCAUUUAGACCAAACAGACCUGAUCAUCAAAACGGAAAUCAAUAUUACCCCCCCCCUGACUUUCCACAAAAUUAUAGACCUUAUCCUCCACCCGAGUUUUCACAAAAUGGUAGGCCUUAUCCUCCACCAGAUUUUCCGCAAAAUGGUAGGCCCUUUCCACCACCCAAUUUUCCUCAAAACGGUGGGCCUUAUCCACCCACUAAUGGUCCACAAAUUGGAGGACCUUUCCCACCAUUAGGCCGGCCUCCGUUUCCUGCACAACAGUAUGGUCAACCACCGUAUUUGUACAGGCCACAAACUAAUUCAAUUAUGCAAGCUUUGAGCUCUAUUUCACAACACGAUGAUUUAAGAUGUGUACCUAGACUGCUCUGCGAAGUCUCGUCGGGAACAAGAACAUCUAAUUACUACAGACCAACUUAUCAACAGCAGCAACAGUCAACUAUUCCAUUUCUAACUAAAGAUGCUUUGAUCACUUUGCUCACUGUGUUAAAUUUUGUUGACGAUUCACCCUUACUGAUGUUUGGUAGAGCUGCACUUUUGGGCUACAACUCACGAGACGAUCCAAGGUCAUGUAUUACCGCUUACCCGACUUGUCCUAGGGAUCCUGAUCAACUGAUUAACUACUUGAACAACCACAAUGGUGGAUUUUUCCGGUUUUUCAAUCAACAACUUCCACAAUAUGCGCCUCAAUAUGGUGGGUACAAGGGACGAGCGGACAAAGAAAUACCACGAAUACUUUCUGGAAGUCCGAGUCAAUAUUAUGACAUACCAUCGGCUUAUGACUUACCUUUACAAACAACUCCGCAAAAGCCAACUGUUUUUCCGUUAGAUCACCAUAACUAUUACGGUGGAAAUUACUACGAUGGCAAUUAUAAUCAUGUAGCAGCCGCUUCCUACAAUGACUUAACGAAUUUCAAGUUUCCGUCUAAUCAUAGGCGAGGUAAGAACAUAGCACCAAAUAAAAUGGUCUUCCCGCCAGAUCGAACUGGUACGGGUGGCUUACGAGCAGAUUUGGAUCAGUACGGUAACUACAAAGGAGUCUACUACGCUGGCGAAACAGUCAAGUUUGACGACAAAGACCAGACUUAUUUAAAUAAAAUGAAAUUUCCUGAAGACUUAUCGGUGGGAAACCGAAUACCGUACAGCAGAAAGCAAAAGUUAGUUUUUCCCAGUAGUAACACUGUACGUCUGUAAUGGAAGUCAUCUGACCUUUUCCUAAAAUUUAACUUAUUAUGUGUGUUGUUAUUAAUAAUAGCUAAAACAUUGUGAAUAUAAGUUAUGUAACUUUAGUUAUUAUUGCACUGCUCAUUGUAUAUUUUUCAUUUUGUUUUUGUUCACAUAAUAAAAUUGUAUAAAAAUUAACUUAUUAAUUUACAAUUA